AUGUCAACUUCCAGCAACAGCAAUUACGAUUAUAGUUAUUCCUCUUCUUCCUCCAGCUCUUCUAAUAAGGAUUCCAAAGCUUCUGUAGCCAAAUCAAAAGCUAAGACAACUCAUAAUUGGGGAGCAAAUCCUAGCAUACCCUUGAAUGAUCGAAGGGUCAUUUAUGCUGAACUUAUGAAGAGAAAGGCUGAAGAUGAUGAAGCAGAGAAUCUUCAGCGCAGAAAGGAUCGAAUUCGGCGCAGAAUACAAGCGGCUGAGGAGAUACGUCAAUUCCUUUAUGGGGUACCCUCUGACUCUGACGCUGACGCUUCUGAAGAGGAAACUACGUGGGUGUUUACAGAGCACAAGAUCAAUCCUGACCGAUAUGAAAGAGAGUUCCGGAAGACUAUGAAGCAAAUUGAAGCUGAAGCGGAAGAAGACUCGGACUCAGACGAUCCUUAUACCCAUACAGACUUCAUCAAUGAUCCUGAUGCUGAUUCCGACGAAGAGGAGGACAGUGAUGACAAAUAUGAUAACUCGGAUGACGAGAAGGACAAUAAUCAUCAACAAUUGGGUUGCGAAUGCCUCCAGUAUAAUGUAGUCCAAACUGUGGUGGAGAGUAGUCGUAAAGAGCUUGGAAGGGUGUGA